AUGGUGGCGGAGGGGGAGGAAAAGGAGAAGAUGGUGAUGUUGCGGAGCGAGGACGGCGUGGACUUCCUGCUGUCAGAGGCAGAGGCCGAGGCCCACUGCGGCAGGAAAAUCAAAAUAAUGAUGAAGUACGACUCCGAGGACCACAUCAUCCCUUCCGACGACGGCGGCGGCGAAAUCAACUACUGCCUCAUCCGCCUCCCCGUCCGAGGCGACACACUCUCCAAGGUGAUAGACUACUCCAAGAUGCACGCCUCCGGAUCCCACGACUUGACCCACUGGGAUGCGGAGUUCAUCGCUGGUUUCAACCACGAGGCCCUCUUCGAUCUCAUCCUGGCUUCGGAAUAA